CACAGAUGAGUAGUUGAAGGGCGGAGUGACCGUUGGUAUUGAUAUGUCAAGAUGACAUGUAUAAUGCAAACUGUUUGUCAUUUAAUUAUUUUUUACCAAUUUUGCAAAUUGAUUUACGCUGCCAACACUGGACACGCUCCAAGGCUUCUGAAACAGAUCAGAAACAAGGGUAAAAAAACACCAACUGCCCUGCUACUUUAAGGUUGUUCAUAUUGAAAGAUUCCUCCUCACAGAAACUUGGUCCUUACAGGUAGGCUCCAUCAUGUAUUGGGACCAGCUAGCUAACAAUUUUUAGAGAAAGUUAAGUUUAAUGAAAUUGUUGAAUCAGUUGAACCAAACACUGAUAGUAUUACUGGACUCACAAUUAGGUAAUGUAUCAAAUGACUCGGGAUUUAAUAAACUCCAUUCAUUUGACUGACAAAAUAUUUAUUUCCAGAGCCAAAGAUCCUCAUGAUGCAAACUGUCACAUGAUAGUCGAACUUGAGCACAAACAUAACCAUCCGAUUAACGCAGCAGAUGCACUUCGCCAUCGAGAUGUCUCCGAAACAGUUGCUGACAAACUUUUAGACUUGAUUAAGCAAGGAUAUUCACCUUCCAAAGCCCUAGAGUUGCAUAAGUAUGACUUACAGAUGGAAUACGGAGACGACUAUGUCUUGAAGUGUGCCGAUAGGUUCAUCUGCCCUGAUCUUCAAUUUUGCUUUAGGUUAUACUACAAGGCCUUCAAGAGUAAGUAUGGAGAACCAAAAGGGGAGCAGUUGCUUAAGAUGCUGGAAAGUAAGCUGGAGCAGUACAACAGUGACACUGGUCAGAAAAGUGCGGAGUCGAGAGUAGUUGGUGAGAGAGAUGUUGCUGUGGCCAUUGUGACCCCGUUAAUGCGCCGUGUCCACGAAUUGAUUAAACAUUCAGCAGAACUUGUAUUUAUUGAUGCUUCAGGAAAUAUGGAUCAUCAAAGCUGCCGGGUCUUUCUUAUUCUUACGCACAGCUGUGCAGGAGGUUUGCCAUUGGGAGUACUUAUUACCACCAGUGAAAGUACAGAAACAAUCACCAGUGCACUUGAAUUGUACAAUUCUUUCUUGGAUGACAAGGCAUUUUACGGGAGAGGUCCCUCCCCUGGUCCUCAGCUCAUAAUGACUGAUGAUAGUGCAGCAGAGAGACAGGCACUGCAAGCUAUGUACCCAGAGGCCAUCUUACUCUUGUGUGUCUUCCAUGUAUUGCAAGCUUUCUGGCGGUUUCUUUGGGAUUCGAAAAAUAGUGUUCGUAAGGAGGACAGACCCUCAAUUCUUAUGCUUCUGAAGGCAAUGGUAUAUGCUGACAGUGUUGACCCUCUAGAAGAAAAGUACGAGGCUGCAGUGAGAAACCCAGUUCUUCGCCGCUAUGAGAAUGUUGCCAAGCAUCUAGAAGGCAUUUAUGGUAGGAGAAAGGAAUGGGCAAUUUGUCAUCGGAGUGAUCUAAGGGUUCGCAAUAAUGACACCAACAACUAUGCGGAGGCAGCGAUGCGUGUUUUGAAAGACCAAAUACUGGACAUAACAAGAGCCUACAAUGUUAUACAGCUUGCUGACUUCAUGAUGACCAGACUGGAGUCCUACUUUGAAAGGCGCCUUCUGGACAUAUGCAACAAUCGACUAGACCGUGCCAGUUAUUCGCGAUUCCUUCCACACACAGCAACAGGGAAGAAGAUUGAUGAAGAUCGCAUUGUCCAAACCAGUGAGAUGACAUUCACUGUCCCAAGUGAGACUGACAGCGAUGCAACGUACACCGUGGACAUGACAAUUGGAGCAUGCACCUGUCGGCUGGGAAAGACAGGAGGUCCAUGCAAGCACCAGUUCCUUGUCGUGAAAAAGUAUGGUCUCUCCUCCUGGAAUUUCAUCCCAGUUCAUGACUCAUCAAUGAGAAGAUUGAUAUAUCAGGUGGCAACUGGCAGCAGUACACCCCCAACUGAAGAAUGGUUUCAAUCACUGCGCAGACCAUUGGUCGAAGUCCUGCCUCAAGUCAACAACACCAUUGAAGAAGCUGUUGAAGUCGACCAGAGUGCUCAAGUGGACAUCGUGGAGGAAAUGGUUCCAGUCAGACUGGACCAUGCUGAUGAUGCCAUGGAAUCUGAGGGUCAACCACCUGCAGAUAUGGAACACAAAGGUUUUGACUCAUCCUCAAUGGCAUCUCUUACUCUGCAGCGUACACUUCAGAACAGGUUUGACAUGAGAGGCCUCAAUAGACCACAUCCGUCUACUACAAACUCGGAUCAAGGCCUGCCAGCAGGAAGCACAUUGUUGAAUGACCUGAAGGGUGUGUUCUCUGACUUUGAAGAGCGCUACAGAGCAAACCCAGAGUACUUUGAAAAACCAUUGAGAACCUUUGUAAGACAAGCUGAAUCGUUAACCACCAACUCGGCGCUUGUGUCAGCUCUUGUUUGCUUUGGCAAGUAUUCAGGUGCUGGCACUGCCAUGGGCAAACGUAAGGUGAAGGGCAUGGUAAGUUGCAAAACUAUUGGUGUCCAACCCACCGCCCUUGCGAGAAGGAAAGUUAUGGGUGGCACUAAACACCGCCUAGGGAGUGGUAGGCCCUGUAAACUUGAUGGUAAAGAAAAUGUGAAGCCUAAAAAAAGGAAACAGGUUGUCGUGCCGCUGUCUUCCCAAGUGCUUCCUAGGCUCCGCAUAAUUUAGUCAGGUGUGUUCAAAAUAAUGAAGCACUGGGGAAGACCCAUUCAGCUAAGCUGUAAUUCUGCCAGUAAUUCUGCUACAGGUUUUCUGCGUCUUCAUCUGUUAAUGGCAGUAUGAGUACCUUGUUCACAAAUUGGUUUACUUUGUAUUUUUGUAACAAUUCUGGUUUUAUUUUACAUGUAACCUAGCUCGGGGCUGCUCAGGAUAACAGCAAAUACAAUGGCAGUCUGUUAAGUAAUAAAAAUUACAAUUGAUUACCAAUUAGUCAGUGUUAUGUUUGAUUCACACAUUUG